CGCGGGCCCAAGCCGCAGGGGCCGAAGGGGGCGGGGCUUCGUCCCGGAAGCCCUGGCCCCGCCUCCCCUUCCCGGAACCGCGGGCGGCUUCUCGCGCCAGCUCCAGUUGUCUUUUACUCUGAGGGAGCUGUUUCUCAAAAGGAUGAGGCUCGUAAUCCUAGACAAUUAUGAUUUGGCAAGUGAAUGGGCUGCCAAGUAUAUCUGUAAUCGCAUCAUCCAGUUCAAGCCUAACCAAAGCCAGUAUUUCUCUCUUGGCUUGCCAACAGGAAGCACACCUUUGGGAUGCUACCAGAAACUGAUAGACUAUCACAAAAGAGGAGAUCUCUCUUUUAAAUAUGUGAAGACAUUCAAUAUGGAUGAAUACGUAGGGCUUCCAAGGAAUCACCCAGAGAGCUACCAUUCUUACAUGUGGAACAAUUUUUUUAAGCAUAUUGAUAUAGAUCCAAACAAUGCUCAUAUUCUUGAUGGGAAUGCACCAGAUCUAAAAGCAGAGUGUGAUGCGUUUGAAAAGAAGAUAGAAGAAGCUGGGGGGAUAGAGCUGUUUGUUGGAGGCAUUGGCCCAGAUGGUCACAUAGCUUUCAAUGAACCAGGAUCCAGUUUGGUGUCAAGAACAAGACUGAAAACGCUAGCCAUGGAUACCAUUCUGGCAAAUGCAAAAUACUUUGAUGGUGAUUUAUCUAAGGUUCCAACUAUGGCAUUAACAGUUGGUGUGGGGACAGUCAUGGAUGCCAGGGAAGUCAUGAUUCUCAUCACGGGAGCACACAAAGCCUUUGCUUUAUACAAGGCAAUUGAAGAAGGGGUCAACCAUAUGUGGACAGUUUCUGCCUUCCAGCAGCAUCCCCAUACAAUCUUUGUGUGUGAUGAAGAUGCCACUUUAGAACUCAGAGUUAAAACGGUUAAGUAUUUUAAAGGUUUAAUGCACGUGCACAACAAGCUUGUGGACCCUCUACAUAGUAUGAAAGAACAAAGCUGAAGGACAAAUCCACACGGGAUUCACUGGGUUAACCCUGGCAGUGUGCUUUAGGGAGCAGACUGCUAGGCAAGAUCGUGAAAAACUGGCUAAAACCAAGCAUCUUUCAAACCCAGGGUUUGUCGUUCUUUUUCUUUGCAGUCCAAUUAUACGCGCACAUUCCUCUCAGUGCUGUUACAAGGCCUGCUCUCUGUUUCCCCAGACCUGUUUUGCCUGUUGCAUAUUAUAAGCUGUCUGAAACGAUGGAACAGUUCUGGUGGAGGAGGAUAGCCUCAAACAAGCUACCCAGGGGGAGAAUAAUGUUCUCGCAGGGGUCUCUGCAGGGUGCAGGCAAAAAAGUCGGGAGGGUGGCCGCCACAGUAUGACUUAAGUUCCACCUUUUUUUAACGUGCAGGAUUUUGAUCACACCAUCGUGGCCAUCUUGAUUUUUCUGAUUGUACCCUGCAGACACUCCUGGUUCUGUAACUCAAAUAUAAACACCUCUCUGUUGCUGUUUGUUUUAGAUCUUGGCCUCUUGUCAUUCAUCGUAACUGAGAAGCAGGCACUUUACAAUCAGAUGUUUACACACAACUCUCCUGUCUACACCUCAGCAAUUCAUUGCCUUAAAAUCUACACCUGUGGGGGUAGAAUAUGGUGCAGAAGAGUAUAAUGCCCAUCUUCUAGACUGGUCUUAAAUGUAUAUUUCUUUCUGCUAUAAUGCUCAUUUGAGGGGGGAGGGUUAAAUAAUUUGGGCUGUUUUACAUGGUUAUUCAUGCCAGGAAGGGGGAAUGGGCAGUGGAGUCUAUAUAUUUUGAAUGCCGAUGCAACUAUUAAAAUCUCCUAUGCCAUGCUGAUAUGAUUUUAGUUAAGUAAAGAGUCAUAUUGCUA